AUGGCAAAGCCAGUGGCCUGGCAGGAGCAGGGUCCUGUCAACUCACUAGACGAGUGGGUCGAUGAGUUCUGUGCGCAUGGUGAAGUGGGUGCAACCAUAAGCCACGACUCCCCACUGCAAGACAUAAAGGCUCCCAGGGCAGAGCCUGAAGAGGACAUAGACUCCCUGGAGUCUGGAGCUCGAGACCAAACACCCCAGAAGAACCAAUUGCUCUCAAAAGCUGAAACAGCUGAUGCAACCAGAUCGGAAAAUAAGGAAUUAACAAGAACUAGUCUGUGCGCCCUCAGGGAGACACAAGAGAUGGUGACAGAAUUAGAACAAGUUGACCAACUAUCAGAAGCGUUACAGGCUCAAGAGGAAUCUAAGAAGUCUGCUGAUCCAUGUGAGGAUGCUUUCCCACUUCCGCCGCAGCUCAGUGCUUCAUCAACAGAGGAAGGCUUUGAGAAAGAAAGCUUUUCCAGUCAAGAGGGGGAGGUGGCUGAGUGGAUCAGUGGUGCUGAGAUCAGGUCAGACCCAACAGAAGACCUUACGUCUCCUGAUAGCCAGAAUAGUCAAGAAUGGCCUUCUCUUCUCACUGAACCAGUAAAUAGAGAGAUAGACUCAUCAUCUGAGGAGAUGACGGGAGAUUAUGUGACAACAGAAGAAAAUGGCAUACAGUUGAACUUCUUACCAGAUGGUUUUGAUAACAGUAAACCUGAAAAUAAUCCCUCUGAUAGAAACAACAGAGAUGAUGGAUGCUCUCCUCCUUUUGCUGAUGAAAGCGAGGAAGAAAAAGAAGUGAGCAUUGAUAGUAUGUCUUGUCAGCAGCAAUUGACUACACUAGAUAUCAGAGGCAAGCCUUCUUCAUAUUCUUCCAAUAUUUCCACUGAACAAGACCCAGUCUCAACCCUGCAUGCAGUUACCUCAGCCGAACAACAGGAGGAGCUGUUGUCCCAGAGCCAAAAUGAACUUGCCCCCAAGGGAGAAAACCAGGAAGCAGCACAACAGGUGCUCGGCCAGAGCUCUUCACCUUUGUCAACUGUUGCCAUGGAGCUGUUUAAUCAGGGCGGGGCCGCUUCUCAAGGCUCUGGUUGUGUAUACCACACUGUGAGAGAAAGGCACAGCAGGGCGGGGGAAAGGACAGAGGGAGAAAGCAAGCAAACAGGUGUAGAGGGAGGGCAGAAAGAGAGAGGACUUCAAGGGAACAAGACUGUUGAGCAGCAACACGGUGGAGGACUGUUAAAAACAGAGGUUAAGACAGAAAAACACAGCUUUGUGUCUUCUAGAUACACCAGGAUGGAGAGUGACUCGUGUGAUGAUAGCCAGAGUGACAGUGGAGUUUCAGCAGACUUCUCCCCAUGCAGCACUUUGGAGGGCAAUACCACCGUCUCUACAGUCACUGCAGCAGCUGUACCCAAAGAGACUCCCAUUGAGAAGGAGAUCCGACGGUCUAUAGAGCGUGAACACAGCCUGAGAAGGUCCAGAGGGCUUCCGAAUCCACCCACUUCACCAGAGUAUGUAGAGAUCCCUUUGAGGAAAACUGUUCUCUGCCAGUCCAUACAUGCUAAAUCUGAGAUGUGUCAAGGCAAAGACAGGCAGUUAGCAGGAAAAAAGAUGCAACAUGAGAUCCACGAGGAGACCCAGAGAGAACAGGAUCUGGUCAAGCUUGGAAAAGUUCCAGGUUUCUAUGACAAAGGCACGGUACGCCAAGUCAAAGAGAGGAAACAGCUUUUUGAAUCCUUUCAGAAACUCGAUGACUCAACUUUGACUUUGUCAGCCAGGAGUAAGGCCACAUCCUGGUCCUCUGCCAGUGACAUUUCAACCCUGGAGGACAUGGAGGACUUCUCAUCACAGGCGUCCACCAUAAGAGGCUCAUAUGUGGAGAGGAUUCCCACACAGAGCCCAAUCUUAGCCAAAGGAGGGGGGACUCCCAGAGGACCGGGCUUCUCUGAGGGGACAGGCUGUCAGGUAAUCAUCCUAGAGAACAAUCUGAGUGUCCCAGCACAGAAGCUCUACCGUGCCAAACCAGAGGCAGAGCCCGUCACUGUAGUCGACUCUGGAAGUCUGUACUUGUCAUCAUCCAGGACAGGAGGAAAUGGUGGGGUUAAAGUGAAAGCGCAGGAAAAGGAGGAGGAAGAGGAGGAGGGGGCACCCAAGGAGAACCCCUUUUUCAAGCUGCGCUCCUCAACAAAUUUGGUUAAAGUGGAGCAGGAUAUCCGGGAGGCUCAAGAGAGGGAGAAGGAGCUUCACCAGCAGAGGAUCAGUCUGUAUGGGGGCACAGAGGGUGCAAAAGGAGUGGGAAGCGGAGGAGGGAGGCCAGUCAGCACAGAAGGGAAGAGUCCCACGUUGUCUUCUUCUUCACUGAAUGGACUAGCCGUUCCUGACUUUCCUGGCUCAUCAUCCAGAGGGGGAACGACACCCACAGCAGCCCGCCAGUCAGUUGGCAAGUACGGCGUGUGGCCCCCGGCCCAGGCUGAAGCGGAGAAGAUUAACCGGCCAGAGGUCCUCCAGGGUCCCAGGUCCCGACAGAAAACCCCUCUGGUGCAACGCUGGGAGACUGGCAUAGUCAACGGACACAACACAGAAGACGACUGAGAAGACAUUGACUGAGUGAACUCAAGGAAAUGAAACAUGUAGUUUUGUGGAGGACUGAAAGACUGUGAGAUAAAAAGGAAAGCAGUGUGGAAAAUGGGAGCAGCGAUGAAGAGAAGGAGAUUGUGAAGCGAGAAAGAGGUCAGGGAUUGAGGCUACAAAGGGGGUCAGGAGGAUUGGGAGCAAGGAUUGCUGGUGGACUGAAAACCCUGAAGAGUCCUUCAUCGAGGAGGAGGAGGGUGAAGAAAGAGGAGGGCCACCUAUUAGUGGAUAAGCACUUGGCCUGUUUCUUGUGCUGGAAAACUCGGAGACUAAUGAAUGUAAAAAGGCAAAAUGAUAAUAAUAACAUUGCACUGGAUGUUCAAACUUUAAUGAAGUUCUUUACCAUUAGACUUUUCUUUGCAAUAAUAAUGAGUCGUUAUUUGUUGAUGAAAAUAGAUUGAGUGGUACAGUAUAUAGCUAGAAAAACAAUGCGUCAUUACCAGUUUAUGCCUUUAAUAAUGUCUUAUGCUGAGUUGGUUUAUUACACAUGUACAAUCUAAUGCAAUCCCAUUCAAUUGCCAUGCAAUAAAUCCUGUAACUCAGUCUGUUCAAUAUCUAUUAAGAGUUGUUGAUUCAACUUUGUGAUCAUUUUACAGGCUAUAGAUUCUCAGCAUAAUACCACAGAGUCCAGUGCAAUGUCCUGCUUCACAAAGAUAAUUAAUUUCAACGUUAUAGUGUUUGAUCCCUUUAUUGAGGUGUUCCUUAUGAACUGGUCACUCAGUGCAUAUAUAGGCCAGGGAUCUGAAUUAUUGCACUAGUUGUAAUCCAUGAAUGGCUACUUCUUUUGUUAAUUUUCAUGAAUCACAACUGAGAGCUGGAUUAAAGUGAAAUAAAGCGCUUUCUUAGAGUGCAACACUUAUCUGGAUUUCACAACAGAAUCAUUCUACAUAUUACACACUUAAUGCUUCAAUAAAAGCUGCUCUGUUGUUAAGACUUUUCAAAUGAUGCUGUAAGUAUUUUGGAAUGAAACUUGAUACACACAAAUAAGGGUGUCUCCUUUAUUUAUUUAUUUUGUUGUUUUUGUUGUGUGAGACACUACAUUACAGACAUCACAUUAUUUAGUAACUCAUGCACCACAGCAGCCCUAAAAUUAAACUAUGUAAGGUGGGAUGUAGUCCACAAUGGAGCCACAUCAGUGCAGUUUCUCUGUCAGGGCUUGACCCAUUAUCACCAACGCUAUGUGUUGGUCACAACAUAAAUGCCACAGAUCCUCUGAACAAAUAUCUGCUUUAUGUUCUGUCUUUAUUUGGAUCCCUCACACUGUCGGUGUUCAAAGAGAAAAUGUGUUGCCAUGGAUACAGCAUUGGAAGAAGAUGGAGGCUUUGCUAGAAUUAAGCAGCAUCAAUGUCACAGUGGACCUUUGUGUGUGUGUGUUUGUGUGUGUGUGUGUGUGCGUGUGUGUGUGUGUGUGUGUGUGUGAGAUCAGCAGACCACGCUUUAGUGACCUCCCAAUCUCCUGUGAAUAAUUCAUCACCUCAUUCUGACUGGACGCAGCCCAGUGACAUUGCUGUUACAUUAUUAUUAUGGUGGAGCUGCAGCAACCUUAAGUGCUCAAAAUUAUGAAUAGGCUUCAUUCCUCAUUAGGCAACUUCCUUUAUAUUGAUACAUUUCUAUCCAAUGGCACAUUACCAAAAGUCCUGAUAUCACAGCAAGUGAUGUUGGAGUCUGUCAACAUAUUUGAAAAUGAAAUAUAGCAUACAACCUACACUCCCUGCAAGACUAGAAGCCUGGCACUGAGGAAAGUUUCUGUAAUUUCUUUUUUGUUACCGAUGUUAGAUUCUAAGAUCAAAGAUCAAAGACAUAAAAGAUUUUAUGGUCAGACAAUCAAAUAUGGCAACCCACCCAGACUGGUCAAAGUGCACGUUCCACUUAGUCUCUCUCUCUCUCGCUCUCUCUCUCUCUCUCUCUCUCCUCUCUCUCUCUCUCUCUCUCUCUCUCUCUCUCUCCUCUCUCUGUC